GAGAAAGGAGGAGGGAGUCAAGUCAAGCAGUGAUAAUUAAAGGAGUGGGUCACUAUUGGAAGAUAUCAUCCGCGUUGAGCGAAAAGAAAAGAAAGAAUAACGGGAAAACGAAUCAAAGACGUAUAACAAUAUCAGAGGAGGGAGAUAAGAGUCUAAAUCGACCACCAUCGGCGCUGGCGUCCAGCGUUGGCAGUCAGAUGCGAGCAGCUUCCUCCGGCGCUCAGCAUCCAAUUAGAAUGGACGAGCUCAGCCUGUGUGGUUUCUAAACCGCGGCACAGUCAGGAGCGAGUGGGGAAAAAGCGAGCGGAGGCAGGCAAACAAUGCUCAGGCUCAUUUAUCUGCAGUGAUUUGAAGUGGGAUUCAUCUUUUCCUUUUUUCUUUAAAUUGUGUAUUCCAAGUGGGGAGACUGCUGCCAGGAUCAAGUCCACGCACGCAGGGAAACGGUUUUGUCUCUGAAGGUCUACUGUGAAACCACCAUGGUCCUAUUGUGGUUCUCCAGACUCGUCCUCAUCAUCACGGCCCUCAUCCCUCGCCCUUCUGCGGGAUGCCCCUCCGACUGUCGCUGCUACAGCCUCACAGUGGAGUGCGGAUCUCUUGGGAUCAAAGAAAUCCCACAAGGUGUCCCCUCUGUCACCGAGACCAUUUUCCUCCAGGACAACGCUAUAGUGCAGAUCCGUCUUCAGGACCUGACUCGCCUUGGUAGCCUCCAUUACCUCUACCUUCAGAAUAAUAGCAUCUCAGCCCUGGAACCUGGAGCGUUUCUCAGCCAGGGGCAGCUGCUGGAGCUAGCCCUCAAUGGCAACCUCAUCCACCUUGUGACCCCAGACAUGUUUCGGGGUCUGGAGCACCUCCGGAUCCUGUACCUCGCUGGGAAUCAGAUAACUCGAGUGCAGGACUACACCUUCAGGGGACUGCAGCGUCUGCAGGAACUUCACCUGCAGGAAAACAGCAUAGAGCUGCUAGCGGAGCAAGCUCUGUGUGGCUUGUCAUCUCUGGCCCUGCUGGACCUCAGCAGAAAUCACCUCCGCACCCUGGGAGCUUCAUCACUCAAUCCGCUCGUGAGCCUGCAGGUGCUCCGAGUCACAGAAAACCCAUGGCGCUGUGAUUGUGCUUUAGGCUGGCUGAGGACCUGGAUCAGCGAAGACGGACAGCGUCUGUUGAGCUCUGCCGAACAGCGUCGGCUGAUGUGCUCUGAACCGCCUCGCCUCUCCCACCUCAGCCUGGUGGAGGUGGCUCCCAACAGCCUGGUCUGCAUCCCCCCCGUAGUGCAGCUCGAGCCCAGCCACCUGACUGUGCGACUAGGGGAGAGCCUCCGUGUUUCCUGCCAGGCCUCGGGAUACCCUCAGCCUCAGGUGACAUGGAAGAAAGCCUCGCAUGGCAAGGCCCAGUUAUCACCUCGAGGCUUGGUUCAAGAGCUGGGACCUAAUGGUGAGCUCUUCAGGCCUGGAGCUGGAGGAGUGGUGACAGCCCUGCCUAGCAGUGAAGGGAUCAAGGUUGGAGGCAUUGAAGGAAUCCAGGGGCUUGUGCGUGGGACUGAGGAGGGUGGCGAGAGGGACAGCUUUGAUCCGGACAUGGGUAGCGGGAUGUUGUUCCUCAGCAACGUGACUGUAGCGCACGCUGGGCGUUACGAGUGUGAAGCCUGGAACCCUGGUGGUGUAGCCAGAGUUACCUUUCAUUUGGCUGUCAACAUGUCUUCUACUUCUUAUUCAUCCCAGUUCUGGCCUCGUUUGAACAUGCACUCCGUUGUUUCCUCUUCAUCUAGCUCCUUCUAUCAACCAGAGGUUCUGGAUGUUAGUCAGGAGCUGCUCUAUGAACAGGACAGCAUGGACUUCUACGCUCUUGGCCCUGCUACGCAGACGGCCAUUGCUGUUGGUAUCUCCUUGCUGGCACUCACUGCCGUUCUCCUCUUGAUUAUGAUCUACACUCGUCACCAGCAGUACCGCAAAGAAGAAGGCGGUUCCUACUGUACCAGCAAGGAAGAAAGCAUCCUUUAUGUGAAUGACUACUCUGACGGGCCCACCACCUUUGCACAGCUAGAAGAGUUCCGCGACGACCACGGCCACGAGAUGUACGUGCUCAACAGAACCAAGCCUGUCCUGGGCUCCACUUCAUCCAGGUGUCCCAUGAUAAGCGGGUUUGUCCAGCAGAAGGGUAUGAAGGAGGCUCUCCUGGACCACGAAAUGGUGCAGACACUGACCAGAUCAGGGGGAAUGGGGCUUCGCAGAAACCCAGCAGAUGGAAACGAAGGACCCCUAACAACAGACCCAGAGGAACUCUUCCUCAGUCAGAGUCUCCUCUUCGGAUCGCAGGUUGCCUACGAGAUCCACUGCUAAAGGGAUGAUUGUGUUCUGAUAUGAACCAAUAUGUUGAUGGACUUAAUUAAAGACAUUAAAAGAAGUCAUGGUGCAAAGAUUUGAAGCAUCAGAUCAUUAUAUGGUCUUCAAAUGAGAGGAGAGCGUCAGUUAGUGGUUGCUGGGAGGAACCUGGAUCACAAUCAGCCUCUCAGAGAUGCUCAUCUGAUUUAUUGUAUGACAUUAAUUUAGAUGGGUCAGAUGGAUGAACAUUGAUAAUUAGGGAAAGUAACAACUGAACCAUACCUGUCUGUGUCCAAAUCAACCCUUUAAAGAUAAUUACAAGUUGCUAACUUUAUCAGAAAUGGUUUGGAUGACAGUUCAUCUAAAUCCUCACAAAAUAGGCUGAGAAUUAACAAUAUGGAUUAAAACAGUGAGUAAUAUUUUGUACUUUUCUUUAGGGUUUGUUUUGUGUUCUGUCUGUAUUAUGUGUAAAUAUAAUGAAGCAAAUUUUCACUGUGAAGUACAGAUAUUUUGUGGACCCUGUUGCAGAUCUCAUUAGAAUUAGACCUAAACUGAUCCUCUUACUGAAACUACAUUGUCAUUACCCAUAUGGUCGAAUGAGUGUGGGUGGGUGGAUUUGUUUAAAGAUGUUCAUUUUGAAUGCAGCAUCCAUUUGUAACAUGGCAUUGUAUUACUUGAUGUUAACAUGUCAUGCUUUUUCUACUUAUUUGUUGCAAUACUAGAACAAGGAAUUAACAUUUAUAUUGGCUGAAUCUUUGGUGAAACUAAUUCCAUUAACAUCACUCUGUGUGAAUAUUGUACAUUUUGUCUUUGGUUUCUACAUAAUAAAAUGUAUUUUAAAAGA